GGUCUCUCCAUCGUGAGCUUUGUAUUGUAGGGCGAGUAUCCUGCACGAGCUCAAUUUGCAUUUUAGCGAGGAGUAGCGAUCAUCGGCAUUGGCCAUGGCCGCUCUCGCCACGCCCAUGGCGGUCUCGAUGAUGUCCAGUCUGUUGUCGCAGAGAUCUGGUGCAGUAGUGACUGGAAAUGUAUUGCGGAAUUCGUUCCUGAGUGGGGCCGUGUCGUUGCGGAGAGUGUCGGGAUGCGUGGGCGUAGUUAGGGUUGCGAGGAAAGAGUUAUCAGUGGUGGCGAACGGGAGGAAGCCCACGAAGGUGGUGGAGGAGGAAAAUGAAGUAGACCAACGGUUUAGGUUGAACAAUUUGUCGCCGCAGCCUGGGAGUAGGCACAGGCAGAAGAGGAAGGGGCGUGGUAUUGCGGCAGGGCAAGGGGCCAGUUGCGGUUUCGGUAUGCGAGGGCAGAAGUCGAGGUCCGGGUCGGGUGUGAGGCCUGGAUUCGAAGGAGGUCAAAUGCCCUUGUACCGUAGGUUGCCCAAGCUGCGGGGAAUUGCGGGCGGUAUGGGAGCUGGUUUGCCCAAGUACGUGGCUGUGAAUUUAACCGAUAUUGCUGCGAGUUUCGAAGAAGGCGAAGAGGUUUCACUUGAAGCUUUGAAGGAAAGGCGUGUUUUGAACCCCUCUGGUCGCGACCGCAAGCUGCCGUUGAAGAUUCUUGGUGAUGGUGAGCUUGACUUUAAGGUGAAGGUCAAGGCUGGGGCUAUUUCUUCUGCCGCUAGAGAAAAAUUGGAGAGCCUGGGAUGUGAAUUUGAAAUUCUGCCUAAGAAGAAGAAAUGGCUGUCUGCUCAAUACCUUAAGAACCAAUCACGUGCUGACUCUUAUUUUGCCAAGAAACGAGGUGACAGCGCUUAGAUUCAGGUUGAGGAUGAGGUUCCCUUUCCAGUCUCUUAACUCUAAAUUCUCAGGAGUCUCUUGGCAGCUUUCAGCCAAUACAGAGAAGGAAAUAUGUACAUGUUUUUAGUCAAGGUUUCAUUGCGCUCAAUGUGGCACGACCUUCUGGCUUAUGUUCUGAUUCCAUUGAAUUUUGCAAGAGCGUGGACAGAAUUUGUAUUUGAUUAGAGAUUUCCUGCGAGCCUUUCACUUGAAACAGCCUUGCUGUCUAAGGCAGACAUAGAAAUAUUUUUUUGGCACAAUAGCACAUAUCCGAAACUGAUUUCACUACAUUGUAGUCAUUCUGAUGCUAUGGAUAAUUGAUUGGUUUUUUAUUUAUUUUUUUGCCA